GGGUCCUGGGCCCAUAUUGGAGAGGGCACAGGGCCAGGGACUCUGGCCAGACAUAGGCCCAGGUCUGUGGCUGGCCAGCUGUGGCUGUGGGGCCCUGCAUGUGUCUCAACAUGGCCCUGGAGCUCUACAUGGACCUGCUGUCAGCACCCUGCCGUGCCGUCUACAUCUUCUCGAAGAAGCAUGACAUCCGGUUCAACUUUCAGUUUGUGGAUCUGCUGAAAGGUCACCACCACAGCAAAGAAUACAUUGACAUCAACCCCCUCAGGAAGCUGCCUAGCCUCAAAGAUGGGAAAUUUAUCUUAAGUGAAAGUGUGGCCAUCCUCUACUACCUGUGCCGCAAGUACAGCGCUCCAUUACACUGGUACCCGCCAGACCUGCACACACGUGCCCGUGUGGAGGAGUUCAUGGCUUGGCAACACACAGCCUUUCAGCUGCCCAUGAAGAAGAUAGUCUGGCUCAAGGUGAGCAGGAUCACUUCCGGGGCCUGGGGACAAGGGCACAAGGGACCCAUGGCUGCCAACUACAAUGUCUUCCUCAACAGCUCCAAGCUAGCCGAGUGGCGCAUGCGGGUGGAGCUGAAUAUCGGCGCUGGCCUCUUUAAGGAGGCCCACGAUCGACUAAUGCAGUUGGCCAACUGGGAUGUUUCAACAUUGGAUCCGAUGGUCAAGGAGAAUAUUUCUGAGUUGCUGAAUAAGAGCAAGUGA